AUGGCGCUUUGCAAGGAGAUCAGCCACGAGGGCUGGUUGGCCAAGCGCAGCUCCGGGAAGAUCGCCAGGUGGCAGCAGCGCUACUUCCGGCUAGAAGGCUGCUUCUUGCGGUACACGCAGACCCCCGCCAGCAACACCAAGAAGACCUUUAACCUGCAGAAGGCUCAUGGCCUUUCGGUGGAGGACCGCGAGCUGGUCUUGGACUUCGGCUUCCGCUGCUGGCGCCUACGUGCCAUGGACCCAGAAGAGGCCCGUCGGUGGCUGGUGAUGCUGGAAGCAGGGCGCUUGGUUGCAGGAGACGCAGAGGAUGGGGACGCCAGCGAGAGCGAUGACGAGUCCUUGUCCUUGUCCAGCGCCAACAGCGGCUCCACAACGGCAGAGAGCGAGGUUUCCACGCCCAAGUUUGGGCAGAGGGACAAGGCCCGGCACAGGCCAGCGCCCCCCAUCGCCGAGAUGCUCGAGGUGGACGGUGCAGAGCUUGACCGGCGCUUCGAAUCCUGGCUCCCGAAGGCCUCUGGAACCGCUCUAAGCUCUACAGCGACGGUUCGGGACGGCCUGCGCCUGGCCUGGGCCGGGCUCUGGGAGCACCUCGCCGGAGCCGCCGGGAGCCAGGGCGGCGAUCAGGCGGCGGCUGAGCAAGCCGUGGCCGCCUUGCUGGACGGGUCAGGGGACGGCGAGCGGAACGUGGCGCGGGAGUCCUUGGAGAACUUCCUCGGGGAGUACCUGCUGCGGCUGCGAAGAUCUCUGGAGGCCUGGAUGGAGAGGCGUGAUCCAAACGCCGAGGACGUGGCCCUGGUCGCCCAGUGGCUCCUAUUUGAGGCGCAGCCGGACCUGCAGCGAUUCAGCCAGCGAGUGGAGAAGUGCGCAGGCCGCCUGGAGCAGCUCGCGGCGCUGGAGGCCCUGGAGCGACUGCUGCUGCGGGAGUGGGAGACCCGCAGCUGCGAGGAGGCCUCCGCCUUCUGGGCCUCCAUCUUCGAAAACCACUACGCGCCCGAGGCGGGCCGUGUGUCGUUGACCUCAGCGCUGCGGCGCUUGGAGUCCGCCGCCGCCGCUGGGCCGCAGCUCUGGCGGGGCCACCGCGCGGCCUGCGACCGGGCAGCCUCAGUGCUAGUGGCUACGCUGAACGGCGCCUUGCGCUCCUUGCGCGCAUCCAGCAGGGCGCUGGUGGAGGACACUGCCAAGCACAGGGGCGGCCGCCGACGGACGUUCCCCAAGAUGAUCGAGAGUUUUGGGCGUCAAGCUCUUCAUGAGAUACAGAAAGCCGGCACCUGCAGCGACUCCAAGACCGGCGUCUCCGAAGAGAUCUUGCUGGCAGCGGCUGAGGACGCGGCGCGGCUGGCGCGCUUCUGCGGCGAGGCGGAGGUGGGCGCCUGGGGCGGCCAAGAAAGCCUUUGCCACGAGGUGCUGCAAGCGUUUGCGGGUGCCUUCGAGGCAGAGGUGGCCGCGCUGUGCCACGCGCUGCUCUGGCGCCACUUCCGCCGCAGGCGGCGCCUCUGCCGCCUGGACGCCGUGAGCGAGGGCAUGCGCCCGGUGGCGGAGUACUGGCGCGCCUGGUCGCGGCAGUCCAGCGAGACGCCGCGGGUGGCGGAGCACUUGGCCCAGGCGGCGGCGGAGCUGCUGACGUCCCAGUGGCUGCGCGCCUUCCGACACGCGGAGAAGCAUGGGGGUGCACUGCCGCAUCUGGAGGAGGACGAGGCGGUGAUGGCGGAGCUGGCACCAGGCUCCCCGCAGCUGCAGAGGUUCCAGGUCCCAUGA